CCUGAAUGACUCAGUGAUAUUUUGGUUAAUUAGUAACCAGAGUGGGAGCACACAGCUGGCCAGCUGGGUUAAAGUAAGGGUGCAGAGGAGUCAGGACCCCACUCAGCACCUCAUUCAGCAGCAGCAACAGCAGAGCCAUCUGAGAGAACUUCUUUUAGGGCAACUUCCAACCAAAGGUAAAAUGUACAGACUGUGGUCACCUCUUCUGGUCCUCCUGCUAUACUGCUGCCUCUCAGGAAGCCAAGCUAACCGUGUCUACGUUCACCCCUUCAGUCUUUUUGCUGUUGAGAAUGUCAGCUGUGAGACCCUACAGGUUCCCAGCAUUAGGCCUCUGGAAACACUUCCUGUGGCCCCCCUUGACAAUGAAGUCUUGACACCAGACCAUGGGGAUCCAUCAAAUGUGGAUGUACGGAGACAAAACAUCACAGAGAGGACAAUGGUUCUAGCAGGGCUGUUAAAUGGGCUGGGCCUAAGGAUGUACGAGGCUAUGAGCAGAAACCAGCACAGCACUAACAUCCUCCUCUCUCCAGUCAACACCUUUGGAUCACUUACUAUCCUCCACCGGGGAGCCUCCAAGAAAACAGCACGCUCAUUCCAGGAUCUACUAGGCCUGAGUAGGGGUACUGAUGGGAAGGAUUGUGUGUCCUUAAUAGAUGGACGCAAAGUUCUUAAGACCCUGCAGGGCAUUAAUUCUCUUGUGGAUGAUGGGCCCAAAGACAAAAUCACUACCCAGGUCUGGGCCUUCACUCGUCAGGAUGCUCAGCUGUCCGAGGACUUUAUUCAAGGCACACAGGACUUCUCAGACAAGUCAUUUAUCCGAGGCGUGGACUUCUCCAAACCUCAAGCGGCAGAGCAGCUGGUCAACAGCUUUGUAGAGAAGACAUCAGAUGGAAAGGUGAAGAACAUCUUUAAAGAUCUGAAUGCCACCAGUGACCUACUGUUGAUCACCUCCUUCAGGUUCCAAGGAAACUGGAAGAAAGCUUUCCAACCGGAGAAGACCUCCUUGCAGGAGUUUCAUGUGAAUGAAACAACCACAGUAAUGACUCCACUAAUGACCCACACGGGUCAGUACCACUACUUCAAUGAUGAGGCGUGGGGUUGCAACAUUGUGAAGCUUCCUCUGAGCAAACAGCUCUACAUGUUGCUGGUCUUACCUCACAAAGGCGUUAACCUCAGUGAUGUAGAGUCAAAGCUGCGUACCGAUGUCAUAUUUGACUGGCACCAAAACCUUCAGGAAGGGCUCCUGGAGCUGUCACUCCCCAAGUUCUCCAUGUCUUCUGCGACUGAUUGGCGUGACAUACUGACUACCUUGUAUCCCACAGCUGAGGCCGAUCUGCUGAGCUCCCAGGCAGAGUUCAGUCAAGUCAGCAACACCAAACCCUUCACCAUAAAUAAGGCCAUCGACAAUGUGCUGUUUGAGAUGUCAGAGGAAGGAGCAGAAACUCAGGACAAGACACAGGAAGAGGGCAUCCCUCUGAAGCUGUCCAUGAACAAGCCUUUCUUCUUCUCUGUUAUAGAAGGAAAUUCUAAUGCCAUCCUUCUGCUGGGCAAGAUCAUAAAUCCUACGCUCUAAUGAUAAAUAGUGCUUAAAAUGAACAAACCUCCCUGACAUGAAAAAUUUCCCACAUACCAAGCCCAUUUCUUUACAAUGUACUUUAUCAUCUACAGCUUUCAUUUCUGCAGGAAAUCUAUCACGCCACAGACAUUCUGUUUAAAUCACACAUUUGUUUUCCUUCUGAAAUAAUUCUCACAUACAGUACGUGAGGAAUUAAGCACACCCUCACUGAACAAGGACCUAAGAAUAUUUAAGUGUUACUUAUAUCUUUCACAACAUCCGCACACAUAGGAGUCAUGUGGAACUCAUUUGCAGUAUUUAUGAAAACAUGUUACUUUAAGUUGUUUUCAAGCAUCAUGUUAAAAUCCUAAUUCUUUUUUUUUUUUUUUUUAAAAUUUAUUAUAACAGUUCUAUGUAGUUUUUUUUCCAGCAGAUUACAGCAGGUCCAGCAACCACAACUGCCUAUGAUGAACAUAUUGUGACUAAGAGUGUAUUUUUGUUUGUUAUGAUUUGUUAUUGCUGAAAUAAAACAUGUUUCCAAAUGCAA